CAAAUAUUAAUCCAUACAAAACACCUUAUUUUCCCGUAGAGCUUUUCAAAGAUAAAAUAUCUAAUUUGUUCCGAAGAUGAGCCAAUACAGCCAAAACCAAUAUGCAGGAGCUUACCCUGCGCCUCCAGUGUCUACCGGUCCUUACGUGGCACCGCCGCCACCGACUGGUUACCCAACGAACGACACGAGUCAUGCCACGAUGGCUCCGGUCGAGACAAAGUCCAAGGGUGAUGGAUUCUUGAAAGGCUGUCUUGCGGCUAUGUGUUGCUGUUGUGUCCUCGACGCCUGCUUCUGAUUUCCGAGGAAUUCCAUGGUUUAUUUAAUAUUCGUGCGGAUGAUUUAUAUUAUUGUAUUUUGCUUUGUUGAAUUUCGAUUUGUUUAGGUUGGCUUAUGAUAUGUGGACCUCCUAUUUGUUAAUUCAUUUUUUUUUUUACUACUCUUUCGUUUAUAUUGUGGAAAUUUCAUAUUAAUAAAUCAUUUUUUUUACAUCUAAA